GGGGAACUCCCUGGCCCCCCAGUCGGCUCCUUCAGAGCCCCCCUAGACGGGUGGGGCAAGCCGCCAGGCAAGUUCACGGAGCGAACGAUAGAGAGCAUCUCCCCGCGAGGUCUCCGGUGCCCGCAGCUCCGCAGCCUCUCUGGCGCCAUGAGGGCUCCGAUCACCGCCCGCUGCUCCGGACGCAUCCUCAGGAUGCGUUGGAGGAGUUUUCUGCCAUUUGUUCUGGCUCUCUUGAUGGGGACAGGUCAUGCCCAAAGGGACUCCGUGGGGAGAUACGAACCAGCUAGCAGGGAUGCGAAUCGGUUGUGGCGCCCCGUGGGCAGCCACCCCGUAGCGGCUGCAGCCAAGGUGUACAGUCUAUUUCGGGAGCCUGAUGCUCCGGUGUCUGGCUUGUCGCCCUCGGAGUGGAACCAGCCGGGCCAGCGGGGCCCCAGGAGGCCCGCUGAGGCGGAGGCCGAGGCCAGGAGGCCAUCCCGUGCCCAACAGCUGCGUCGAGUCCAGCCACCUGUCCAGACCCGAAGAAGCAGUCCCCGGGGCCAGCCGCAUCCAGCAGCCCGGGCUGCGCCUUCUGUCGCGCGCCCGGUGACCCCGCAGCGACCUGCGGCUGCACGGCAAGGGCGGCUCACCGGGAGACAUGUCUGCGGGGGACAGUGCUGCCCAGGAUGGACGACAUCAAACAGCACCAACCACUGCAUCAAACCUGUGUGCCAGCCUCCCUGUCAGAACCGGGGCUCCUGCAGCAGGCCCCAGCUCUGUGUCUGCCGCUCUGGCUUCCGUGGGGCACGCUGUGAGGAGGUCAUCCCUGAGGAGGAAUUUGACCCCCAGAAUGCCAGGCCGGUGCCAAGACGCUCAGUGGAGGGGGCGCCCGGCCCUCACAGGAGCAGCGAGGCCAGAGGAAGUCUUGUGACCAGAAUACAGCCGCUGGCACCACCACUCCUACCAGCCAGGACCCUGAAUGGCCUCAGCCAGACCCGGCCCUUGCAGCAGCACACGGGGCUGUCCAGGACUGUCCGGCGUUAUCCAGCCACCGGGGCCAACGGCCAGCUGACUUCCAACGCCUUGCCUUCGGGACCAGGACUGGAGCUGAGAGAUGGCAUCCAACCGGGAUCCCAUGUGAACCACCUCUCACCCUCUUGGGGGCUGAACCUCACCGAGAAAAUCAAGAAGAUCAAAGUCGUCUUCACUCCCACCAUCUGCAAGCAGACCUGUGCCCGCGGGCGCUGUGCCAACAGCUGCGAGAAGGGCGACACCACCACCCUGUACAGCCAGGGUGGCCACGGGCAUGACCCCAAGUCUGGCUUCCGUAUCUAUUUCUGCCAGAUCCCCUGCCUGAAUGGAGGACGCUGCAUUGGCCGGGACGAGUGCUGGUGUCCAGCCAACUCCACGGGGAAGUUCUGCCAUCUGCCUGCCCCACAGCCUGACAGGGAGCGUCCAGGGAGAGGCUCCCACCACAGAGCCCUGCUGGAAGGACCCUUGAAGCAAUCCACCUUCAUGCUGCCUCUCUCUAACCAGCUCGCCUCUGUGAACCCCUCGUUGGUGAAGGUGCAUAUUCAACACCCGCCUGAGGCCUCUGUGCAGAUCCACCAGGUGGCACGGGUCCGGGGUGAGGUGGAUCCUGUGCUGAGGGAGAACAGUGUGGAGACCAGAGCCUCUCAUCAGCCCCUUGCCAGCCCAAGCCACAGCCACUGGGCCAGCAACAGUAUACCUGCUCAGGCUGGAGAGGCCCCUCGGCCACCGCCCCCAGUGCUGUCCAGGCAUCAGGGACUUCUAGGCCGGUGUUACCUGAGCACUGUGAAUGAACAGUGUGCUAACCCCCUGGUGGAGCUGACUUCUCAGGAAGACUGCUGUGGCAGUGUGGGGGCCUUCUGGGGGGUGACCUCAUGUACUCCAUGCCCACCCAGACCAGCCUUCCCAGUGAUAGAAAAUGGUCAGCUGGAGUGUCCCCAAGGGUACAAGAGACUGAACCUCAGCCACUGCCAAGAUAUCAAUGAGUGCCUGACCUUGGGGCUGUGCAAGGACUCAGAAUGUGUGAACACCAGGGGCAGCUACCUGUGCACCUGCAGGCCCGGCCUCAUGUUGGACCCAUCGAGGAGCCGCUGUGUAUCGGACAAGGCUGUCUCCAUGCAACAGGGACUAUGCUACCGGUCGCUGGGAGCUGGCACCUGCACCCUGCCUUUGAUACACCGGAUCACCAAGCAGAUCUGCUGCUGCAGUCGUGUGGGCAAAGCCUGGGGCAGCAAGUGUGAAAAGUGCCCCUUGCCUGGCACAGAGGCCUUCAGGGAGAUCUGCCCUGCCGGUCAUGGUUACACCUACUCGAGCUCAGACAUCCGCCUGUCCAUGAGGAAAGCGGAGGAGGAGGAACUGGCUAGCCCCUUCAAGGAACAGAUUCAGAGGGUCAGUGGACCUUUGCCUGGGGCAGCCGAAAGGCAACCACUCCGGGCAGUCACCGACACCUGGAUUGAGGCUGAAACCCUCCCUGACAAAGGUGACUCCCAGGCUAUUCAGAUCACAACCAGAGUUCCCCACCUACCUGCCUGGGUACCAGGGGAUGCCACCGGAAGACCGACACCACCAUUGCCUGGACAGGGCAUUCCAGAAAGCCCAGAGGAAGAGAAAGUGAUUCCCUCCAGUAAUGUCCUGGCGACACAGAGUCCCCCAGGCUUUGAUCCAUGUUUUGCUGGGGCCUCCAACAUCUGUGGCCCUGGAACCUGCGUGACCCUUCCGGAUGGAUACAGAUGUCUCUGCAACCCUGGCUACCGGCUCCACCCCAGCCAGGCCUACUGCACCGAUGACAACGAGUGUUUGAGGAACCCCUGUGCGGGAAGAGGGCGCUGUAUCAACAGUGUGGGCUCCUUCUCCUGCCUCUGCUAUCCCGGCUACUCACUAGCCACCCUGGGAGACACACAGGAGUGCCAAGAUAUAGAUGAGUGUGAGCAGCCGGGGGUGUGCAACGGUGGGCGAUGCAGCAACACUGAAGGCUCAUACCACUGUGAGUGCAACCAGGGUUACAUCAUGGUCAGCAAAGGACACUGCCAAGAUAUUGAUGAAUGCCGUCACCCUGGUAGCUGCCCUGAUGGGAGAUGCGUCAACUCCCCUGGUUCCUACACGUGUGUAGCCUGUGAGGAGGGCUACAUAGGCCAGAGCGGGAGCUGUGUAGAUGUGAACGAGUGUCUGACCUCUGGGAUCUGUGCCCAUGGAAGCUGUAUCAACGUGGAAGGCUCCUUUAGAUGCUCCUGUGAGCCGGGCUAUGAGGUCACCCCGGACAAGAAGGGCUGCCAAGAUGUGGAUGAGUGUGUCAGCCGAGCCUCAUGCCCCACGGGCCUCUGCCUCAACACCGAAGGCUCUUACACCUGUUCAGUCUGUCAGAGUGGGUACUGGGUGAACGAAGCCGGCACUGCCUGUGAAGACCUGGACGAAUGUGCCUUCCCCGGAGUCUGCCCCGCAGGAGUCUGCACCAACACUGUGGGCUCCUUCUCCUGCAGUGACUGUGAGCCGGGCUACCGGCCCAGUGCCCUGGGCAACACUUGUGAAGAUGUGGAUGAGUGUGAAAGUCCCCAGCACAGCUGCCUCGGAGGCCAGUGCAAGAACACGGAAGGUUCCUACCAAUGCCUCUGUCCCCAGGGCUUCCAGCUGGUCAAUGGCACCAUGUGUGAAGACAUGGACGAGUGUGCUGAGGAGGAGCACUGUGCUCCUCAUGGCGAGUGCCUCAACAGCCAGGGGUCCUUCUUUUGCCUCUGUGCACCCGGUUUUGUCAGCGCUGAGGGGGGAACCAGAUGCCAGGAUGUUGACGAGUGUGCAGCCACAGACCCAUGUCUGGGAGGGCAUUGUGUCAACACAGAGGGCUCCUUCAACUGUCUGUGUGAGACCGGCUUCCAGCCCUCCCCAGACAGCGGAGAGUGCGUGGAUAUUGAUGAGUGUGAGGACGAGGAAGACCCAGUGUGUGGAGCCUGGAGGUGUGAGAACAGCCCUGGUUCCUACCGCUGUGUUCUGGGCUGCCAGCCUGGCUUCUACAUGGCCCCAACUGGAGACUGCAUCGACAUAGAUGAAUGUGCCAAUGACACUGUGUGUGGGAACCAUGGCUACUGUGACAACACGGACGGUUCCUUCCGCUGCCUGUGUGACCAGGGCUUUGAGACCUCACCCUCAGGCUGGGAAUGUGUUGACGUGAAUGAGUGUGAACUCAUGCUGGCGGUGUGUGGGGCUGCACUCUGUGAGAACGUGGAAGGCUCCUUCCUGUGCCUUUGCGCCAGCGACCUUGAGGAAUACGACGCACAAGAAGGACGCUGUCGUCCUCGGGUGGCUGGAGCUCAGAGAAUCCCAGAGGUCCCAACAGGGGACCCAACUCCAGGCCUCAUCCGCAUGGAAUGCUACUCUGAGAGUAAUGGUGGCCCUUCCUGCUCUAGCAUCCUGGGCUGGAACUCCACAAAGGCCGAGUGCUGCUGUACUCAGGGUGCCAGGUGGGGAAAAGCCUGUGACCCUUGCCCAUCUGAGGGCUCAGUUGAAUUCAGUGAACUCUGCCCCAGUGGUCAAGGCUACAUCCCUGUGGAAGGAACCUGGACAUUUGGACACACCAUGUACACAGAUGCCGACGAGUGUGUCCUGUUCGGGUCUGCCCUCUGCCAGAAUGGCCGAUGCCUCAACACAGUGCCUGGCUACAUCUGCCUGUGUAACCCUGGCUACCACUACGAUGCCUCCAGCAGGAAGUGCCAGGAUCACAACGAAUGCCAGGACGUGGUCUGUGAGAACGGGGAGUGCGUGAACACAGAAGGCUCCUUCCAUUGUUUCUGCAGUCCCCCCCUCAUCCUGGACCUUAGUGGCCAACGCUGUGUCAACAGUACCAGCAGCACAGAGGACUUCCCUGACCAUGACAUCCACAUGGACAUCUGCUGGAAGAAAGUCACCAAUGAUGUGUGCAGCCACCCCUUGCGUGGGCACCGCACUACCUACACAGAAUGCUGCUGCCAGGAUGGCGAGGCCUGGAGCCAGCAGUGUGCCCUGUGCCCCCCCAGGAGCUCUGAAGUCUAUGCUCAACUGUGCAAUGUGGCUCGGAUUGAGGCAGAGCGGGAAGCAGGGAUCCACUUCCGGCCAGGCUAUGAGUAUGGCCCUGGCCCGGACGAUCUGCCCUACAAUCUCUAUGGCCCAGAUGGAGCCCCUUUCUACAAUUACCUGGGCCCGGAGGACACCGUUCCCGAGCCUCCCUUCUCCAACAUGGCCAGUGAGCUAGGAGACAACACACCCGUCCUGGAGCCUCCUUUGCAGCCCUCUGAACUCCAGCCUCACUAUGUGGCCAGUCAUCCGGAACCACUGGCCUCCUUCGAAGGACUUCAGGCUGAGGAAUGUGGCAUCCUGAAUGGCUGUGAGAAUGGCCGCUGUGUGCGCGUGCGGGAGGGCUACACUUGUGACUGCUUUGAAGGAUUCCAGCUGGAUGCAGCCCAUAUGGCCUGUGUGGAUGUGAAUGAGUGUGAAGACUUGAACGGACCUGCAGCACUCUGUGCACAUGGCCACUGUGAGAACACAGAGGGUUCCUAUCGCUGCCACUGCUCCCCAGGUUAUGUGGCAGAGCCAGGCCCCCCACACUGUGCGGUCAAGGAGGAGAAGUGAGGGAUUGCUGGUGGCAGCUAUCUGGAAAUGGCUUCAGUUGUAGGCUGGGAACUUAAGAUGGCUUCCCUAGCUGGGAAAACAUCGUGGCUGGGAAGACAAGGUGAUGUCAUCAGGCCAGGGCUCUGUAGUCAAGUUCUGCCAGCCUUGCCUGCUUUUUUUCAAAAUCUCUUCCAGCUUAGUUCUGGUUGAGAGCUUCCGUCACUGCCUCUACGCCAUUGCUUGGCUCAGACACCACAAAUAUUUUAAUGCUUCAGCCACUGGCCAUGAGACACAGCCUACCACCUGUCCUUGGGGCCUCGCUGGAGGACGUGCAUCAGAAGAGUCCUCACCCACUCCCCCAGGCUGUGCAAAAGCUGCAGGCACCUCUUUCCAGCUGUGAUCCACACAUCAUCCUGAUGGUUCCAUAACUGGAGCAGCGGCUAUAUCUGCCCUGGGAGGGCCCUUCACAAUCUGUGGAGCCAGACAGGGUUUGGAAAAGUUUGGGGGACAGCUCCAACCCACCUCUCUGAACUACAACCACCAGUCAAGCUGGUGUGACCUCUUUUUGCCACAUCUCCACCCUGUAGACAGUCUGUGGCCCCAGAAAAGGACCCGUUUCCCUCGUCUCAGAGGAUGGAGACUAAUUCUAACUUGCUGAGUUCAAGAAACACCAACGAAGAGGAAUGAGCUGAGAAAGCAGCAAGAGAGAGCUUAAAACAUGGGGAGCUGCUAUGAAAGGAGGAGCCAGGAUUUAUACAAAUCUACAAACACUGAGUAGCUUUGGGGAAAUAAGUACUCAGAGCCACCUUAGAGCCACUAUGCACCAGCAGUGAGGGCUGCCACAGGAUACAGUGCCCAUCUCCAAAGACCUUUAUUAGAUACAUGCUCCCUUCAGGAACGAAAUCUCUUCUGGGCUUUUGUGAUUGAUGGACUAACAACACAAGGUCUCUCUUUUAGUUGGUCUUGACUGAGGAAGCCAGAUUUUCAAUGUUGCUUAUCCCCUCUACUCAGAAAGCCUUGCCUUUGUUCCCUUCAGGAAAAAAUGAAUAUCUGGAAUCCCUCUAAGAGAUGCACUUCCAUACAAGCUAGCUGGGAGUUCAGGAGCAUGGUGGAAUAAAGGAAUGAUCAUCUGGACUUUCCUGUGCCUGUGUUUAUUUCCUAUUAUACCAGCUUUACCGUGUUGGUUAGGUCUGAAGAUUAGAUUAGAAAUGAGCCUGCAAGUGCUCCAUGUCCAGUUCCCCCAGCCCCCAGGGACUGGGCUCCAGUGUAGGAGGCUCA